UGCUCUUGCCCUUUCGUUGACUAGCCGUCUGGUGCCUCCGCUCGCUUCAGCAUGGCGUACUACGACCGCCGCGGCGACUCGUACGGCCGCUCAGACCGUUCCUACGACUACCGCGGUCCUCCAGGCGGCUACGACAGCCGGGGAGGGUCCUAUGGGGGGUCCGGUUCGCGAGGGUUCGGUGGCGGGAGCUACGGCGCCAAGGAGAGCUUUGGCGGGAACCUCCAGGCCGUCAACUGGGGCAGCAUUGAGGUCGUCCCUUUCGAGAAGAACUUCUACAUGGAGCACCCCGCUGUGCAGGCCAUGACUGACGAGGAGGCCGACGCCGUCCGCCGCAACAACCAGAUCACCAUCAUGGCGGGCCGCAGCGUCCCCAAGCCGGUGCGCAACUUCGAGGAGGCCUCCUUCCCCGACUACAUCCUCGACGCCGUCACCCAGGCGGGCUUCAAGUCCCCCACACCCAUCCAGAUGCAGGGCUGGCCCGUCGCCCUCUCCGGCCGAGACAUGAUCGGCAUCGCCGAGACCGGCAGCGGCAAGACGCUCGCCUUCCUCUUCCCGGCCGUCGUGCACAUCAACGCACAGGCGCACUUGAGGCCCGGCGACGGGCCGAUCGUCCUGGUGCUGGCUCCGACGCGCGAGUUGGCGGUGCAGAUCAAGCAGGAGUGCGACCGGUUCGGGCGGUCGUCGCACAUCAAGAACACCUGUGUGUACGGCGGGGCCCCCAAGGGUCCGCAGGCGAGGGAUCUGAGGGAGGGGGUCGAGAUUUGCAUCGCCACGCCCGGCCGCAUGAUAGACUUCCUCGAGGUGAGUGAGAGAGGGAAACAAACAGAGUGGGUGGUGCGUGCGGCGGCAACAUCAUCUUCGUGUGCCUCGUGUGCCUCGUGUGUGUGUGUGUGUGUGUGAUAGAGCGGCACGACCAACCUGCGCCGCGUGACGUAUCUAGCCCUAGACGAAGCUGAUCGGUACACACACAUGAGACGACAGCUGCCUGCCUGCCUGCCUGUUGUGUGAGGGUGUGUGUAUGACCUUCUCUGUGUGUGGUGUGUGUGUCGAUGUCAGUAUGUUGGAUAUGGGUUUCGAGCCUCAGAUUCGCAAGAUCGUGUCGCAGAUCCGCCCCGACAGGCAGACACUCAUGUGGUCCGCCACGUGGCCGAAGGAGGUAGGUACAUACCACAACACAGCCACAGUAGUGGAGAGGAGCCAUGUAGAGGUGCCGACCAUCCCAUCGCUGUGUGUGUGUGGCAUGUGUGUGUCAGGUUCAGGCGUUGGCCCGCGACCUCUGCAAGGAGGAGCCGGUGCACAUCAACAUCGGUACGGAUGGGGUCAUUCAUGAUGAGAUGAGGGAUCUCUUCUCAUUGGACCGUCUGUGGCUGUGUGUGUGUUCAGGUUCGUUGGAGUUGCGAGCGUGCCACAACAUCAACCAGUAUGUCGAGAUCCUGCAGGUGACUUACUUGCUUAAUGAACCACACUUUACCACGUACAGACAGACCCACACCCAUGCACUGCACAGACAUUACUUACGUCAAGUCACUCACAGCCAGGGAGAGACAGCGAGGGGGCGAGAGAGGCAGAGAGAGGGAUAGCUGUGUUCUAGCUAGACACACGCAUCCAUCCAUCCAGCAGCAGCAUCAGACAGCCAGCCACCAGCACACUAAGUGGACAUAGCUAACAUACACCCACCUAGUCAGUCCCCGCCCCAUUUUUGCCGUCCGUCCGUCAGCCCCUCCCCUCCCCUCCCCUCCCCUCCCCUCCCCCCCUGCCUGGUGCCUUUUCCUUCGCUGUGCCUGCCCCUUGCUCUCUCUCUGUGUCUGUGUGGUGUGGUGUGUCUGGCUGCUGGUUGUUCGUUUCCUGCAGGGAGGUUCAUUCACAGGCUACGGAGCGAGGCCACCACCAAGGGCGGGGCGGUUGGAGGACGAAACCAAGAGGCACUUCAAGCCGCUCGUCAAUUGAUGACGGGCGGAGCACUGCCUGCACUGCCUGCACUGCACGAUCCGCAAUGCGAUCGUGUAUGUGUGUGUGCUCGUGCGGCGCUGCUGCCGCCACACAGACGAUGCACCUGACUGACCUGGUCGAUUUGGUCAGUCAGAGUGUCUGUUGGUCGGCAUGUCGGUCGGUUGAUGUGCCUGCCUUGUUCCUUCCGCCCGCCGGUGAUUCUCGCUCCCGCAGCCGAGUAGCCUGUGAGGACCUCUCUGUGGACGGACCGAUGGACAGAGUGAAGUGACUGAGUGCAGUGUGUGAUAAUAGUGAGUGGCGGAUGGCUGGGAGGGUGGGUGCGUGAUUGGAUUAGCUGAGGUAGUCCUCUCUCUUUUGUGUCGGUAGCUGUAGCUAGCUAGUCGUAGGUAGAGAGAAAGGGCUCGCAGGCACUGCAAGCAAAGCAAUGAGAGAGGACGUUUGUGUGUCUAAGUCGAGUCGCCUUUAAGUGCCGUUUGUCGUUCGUUGAUUGGUCCGUUGGUUCGUUCGUCUGUCCAUCCAUCCAUCGGUCGCUGCACGGCUGUCUUACCGGUCCCUGCCUCUGCCUGUGCCUCUCUGCGUCUAUGUGUGUAGGAGAGCCAGAAGUGGAGCCGCACUCAGGAGUUGCUAACGACACGUAUGAACAACGGCCGCAUCCUCAUCUUCACCGACACCAAGAAAGGUCACAGGGAGAGGGAGAGGGAGAGGGAGGGAGGGAGGAAGGGAGAGAGAGAGAGAAGGAAGCCUGUGUUGUUUGUGUACAUCUAUCUCAUCUGUGUGUCUGGUGUGGGGUCCGGUGCGGGUGUGUGUGUCCUGGGGUACUGCCUGCCUGCAGGUGCGGACAACCUGACCAAGAACCUGCGGCUGAACGGCUUCCCGGCCCUCUGCAUCCACGGCGACAAACGGCAGGAGGAACGAGACUAUGUAAGCCAAGCAGCCCUCCCCCCACCACACCACACACACCACACACACCACACGCCCUCCGCCCAUCACACACAUCGAUUCACACGCAUACGUCACAUGUGUGUAUGGCUGUGUGUGUGUGUAUAUUGCUGUAUUGCUGGGUGCAGGUGUUGCGUGAGUUCAAGACGGGCACCAACCCCAUCAUGGUGGCGACCGACGUGGCCUCGCGCGGUCUGGACGUCAAGGACGUGCGCUACGUCAUCAACUACGACUUCCCCAACCAGAUAGAGGACUACGUCCAUCGCAUUGGCCGCACCGGCAGGGCGGGGGCCCACGGUGUGUAUGCUGCAUACCAGACAGGCGGAGAGACAGAGGGAGAGAGCACUGAGAGAGGAGAGGUGUGUUCGCAUGUAUCGUCGUUUGCGUGGUGUGUGUCAGGUUCGGCGUACUCCUACUUCACGAGUGACAAGUUCCGCAUGUCCAGGGAUCUGAUCAAGGUCACCUCCCCGACACACAGACAUCCACCCACCAUACCAUCUUUGUGCCUUCUGUGCGUCGUGUGUGUGUGUAUGCAGGUCUUGGAGGAGGCCAACCAGCCGGUUCCACAGGAGCUCAGGCGACUCCAAGGCGCACAAGGUGCGUACUCGCUCCCUACUCACACACAACACACAGACGAGACGCAUUUCUGUAUUAUUCCAUCGGUCGGUUCGUGUGAUGUGGUGUGGUGUGUGCACUGGCUGCAGGUGGUGCGGGCGGUGGCGGCCGUCGGUGGGGCGGUGGCGGCCGACCUGGCGGUGGCGGCGGAUACUCAGGAGCUCACUUCGAGACGGGUAGGGUACAGACAGACAGACACAUGGACACACGAAGGAUAACGGACACGACACGACAUUUCAUGUGCAUUUCCGUCUGUGUGUAUGGUGUGUGUGUGAUGGAUCCAUCCAUCUGCCAGGUGCUAACACAAUCCCCGUCGGCAGCCGUCCCUGGGGCAGUGGCGGCGGGAGCGGGAGCGGGGCCAUGAACGGCUACGCUCCAUACUGACUGACCAACCUGACUACCUUCCUACCGACCGCCCAAGAACCAUGUCGCCAUGCAUGUGAUGUGCUCGGAUGGAUGGAUGGUUGGUUGGACGGAUGGCUGUGUGUGUGUGUGUGCGAGUGAGGGUC